CCGACAAUGACCCAAACCAAUACGACGACGACGCCAACGUGGCAAGAGCUCGCAGGCGACAAGCCGGAACUCGACCUCUUCCUCGUCUGCGACACCACAGGGUCCAUGGGCACGUACCUGCCGGCACUCCAAGCCUCGCUGCGCCAGGUGUUUGCGCUCGCCAAGCUCAUGUACCACGACCGCCUCAAGGUGCACAUCGUCUCGUUCAAGGACUACUGCGACGGCGACAUGGUCCUUUCGUCCGUGAGCCGACGCCAAGGACGCAACGACGCGAUCGUCAAGUUCGUCGACGACUUGCGCCCGACAGGCGGCGGUGACUGGCCCGAGGCUGUUAAGACCGCACUCAACUUUGUGGUCGCGACCGUCGACGAGCUGCGGGCGCAGGCGGCGUCCGGCUCUGCCAUCGUCUUUCUCUACACAGACGCACCGCCGCACCACGCAACGACGCAGUCCAACAACAUGACCAAAGAGAUGACGGCCAUCGCUGCCAACCCGGCGUACCGCGCGGGCCACGACUGGUGCAGCAUCCAAAAGACUCUGCGCGAGGCGGACAUUCCCGUCUUUACCUUUCACUCGCCGCUUCGCAAUGGUGCCAACGCCCAUGCGUCGCCGUCGUUCUACGCCCUCUUGGGUCCUGUCGUCGUGCUGCCGACGCUGUCGUCGACCGUGAUCACCAAAGCCACGAUCGGCCUCCUCCUCCAGCUCAUGGACGAAGAGGUCGAUGAGAUGCCCGAGUUUGCACGGACCUCCUACUUUCACGGAACGACGCCCUUUAACGAGACACUAAUCGUGCCGAUGCGCAUGCCGUUCACGUUUGCAUCGAUCCCUGCCAUGCACGAGCGCCUUGAUGCACUCUUGCCGCUCUUUGCCCACGACGCGGGCUUCCGCAACCUCGUCAUGAAGACAUUCGAGGUGAUUUUUCGACCCGACAACAUUGCCGCUGUGACGUACAACCCGGUCUUUGGCAAGUUGUGGCGGCUCGCGUGCCGCCAGCGCUUGGAUCCGCGUCUGGACGACCUCACGACGCAGCUCUCGCGCUGCGUGGACGCGCUGCCAGCCGAUGGGAAAGCCCUCGUGCAAGAAUGGCUCAUCGCAUCGUACGACGACUCGGCGCGUAUCCAGGGACUUGUCGACGCCGCGCCGGCGGGAGCUGUCUUUGUGAUGGCCGCCGGUGCGCCGACGGUCGCGGGCAAGCAUCUGCGGUCGCUCGCACGGGCGCCGACUGCCGGCGCCUUGGCGAGUGUCACGUCGAUCUUGAGCCACUUGCAGCUGUACGCGACCGCCACGCUGGCGACGGACGACGGCACACCGGGGUACCUGCCGUCGACGCUCUCGAACGACGAUUUGUUUGCGUGUCUCCCGCACCUCGUGUGCCCCGGGACGUCGUUCAGCCGGCGCGGCGCGGCAGUUCUCGCGCUGCUGUGCUGUCUCUCGGACCAUACGCUCCUCAAGGCGCGUGCAGAGGCGUACUUGGCAUCGAUCCGCGGCUCGUGGCUGCCGUUCGAGCUCGUAAUUGAGUUUCCCGAAAUCGUGUCAACCGAGUUCAUCCAGCUCCUGUACCGCGGCCGGGCUCACUUGACCGAGCACGAGCAGGCCGUGUACACGCAGUUGUACCUCGUGCACCGGCUCCGGUGCGCGGCGACCAAGGACGUGGGCGUCACCCUUGGCUUCUCGCCGACCAAGACGCAGCUGUGGCCCGACACCAAGGCGCGUUGCCGCGUCUGCGCAUACGAGACGAGCUGCUCGCUCAUGGUCGAGGCGGAUCUGUGCGCCAUGUGCGUCACGUACGGCGAUGACGCGCCGCGGCUCCAAGCCGAGACGGUCGUCGUUGGCGACACGUCGCACCUCGUGGAAUGCGUCGACUGCCACGGCGUGUACGCGGUGCUCCAAGUGCACCAGCUCGCGACACACCCCAAGUGCUGGUACUGCCGGACCAACCAGUUGACGCCGGCGCCCAAAAUCGAGUGCCAUACGUGUCUCAACAGCUACGUGGACCCCGCGGGGCUCUACAAGCAGCAGUGCAACGACGACACUGAUGGGCUCUGGACGUGCCCCGUGUGCGUCACCGCGCCGAGCCGGGGCACGGAAGCAUCUCUUACGACGCUCUCGGCGCUCGUGCUGGAGAACGCGGCGCUGCUCGAGCAUUUCGGAUGGUCGCGGUCGCCGUCCGCCUUUUUGGCGAUGGCCCUCGACCCCAAGAUCUCGCUUCUCAAGAUGUUCACGACCAAGUACGACGACCUCAUGAGUGCCACGGACGACUCGCCGUCGUCGACACCCGAAGUUCGUGUGGGCGGGAAGCGCGCCCAUGGCGCCGACGGGCUCGUCACCAAAGUCCGCAGCCUUGUGCUCACAGAGGCUCUCCGAGACGUGUGCAACCUCUGCUUUGAAGACCAUUCGCUCGCCACCCUCCACUCGGCGUGCGGACGCUGCGCGACCAAGUGCUGCGACUCAUGCCUGUCGCGGUGGUACGGUGCCGUGCAGCCGGGCAAGAUGGUGCUUGCGUCCAACCUCGGGUGUCCGUUCUGCCGUCGGGUGCCCACGCUCGGUGUGCUCCGCAAGCACAACCGGCAAGCGUGCGCACUUGUCGCUUCCAAAAUGACGUGGUGCGCAGAAAUGUACUAUGGCUGGUGCCUCGGCUGCUACAAGGUCAAGGAGCUGGCCGAGCGCAACUGCGCUGUCGAGCCUCCCGUAGACGUCGAAACGUUCCGCUGCAACGAGUGCAUCGACGGAGGGGGCGAGCCCAACGUGUGCCCCGGGUGCUUUGUCGAGACAGAGAAGACGGGCGGCUGCAAUCACAUGACAUGCGUCUGUGGUCAACACUGGUGCUUUGCCUGCGGUGCCGGGUUCGCGACCGCAGAUGAUGUGUACGACCACUUGUACGAGGUACACCGGGGCAUCGGCAACGACCAGUAG